AUGGCGUCCCUUUUGAAUGGCAUGGCUGCAGGCAUACUGCUAUCAGCUGCGGUCGUCUCCGGUCAGGGAAACUCCAGACUGGGUGCCAGUCCAAGCUAUCAGGGGUUUAACAACAUCUGCCCCGAGCGAUGCAUUGUCACGGGACCCAACCCCUCCAAUUGGUCGACCUACCACCAUAUGAAACAGCUCGAAAGGUGUGACCUGCCUCUGUUCUAUGGCUUUAAUCUGUACGAUGAUGUCGAUGAUACCGACUCUCAUCACCGUAUCCUCGCUUGCACGGCAUACGGAAAUGACUGGAGAGAAAACUCGCAGGCCCAUUUGCAACUUGCUCGCCCUGUGAAGGAGCACAAGAUCAACUAUGAGAUCGGCUGGUCAUCAUAUUCAGAAGGCACUGAAUCCGAGUACCGCUCCUUGAUCAGACAAAUGCGUGAUUAUAUUGCACGCGGACACCUUUCUCCUAGCAAGACAGCUAUGCUAUAUUCUCGCUUUGGUGACACUUCAGCUGGUAUCUACAUUGGCAACAGUCCAAAAAGCAAAGACAUUAGCGAUGUGGCUCUAGAGUCUCUCAUCGACGAUUCCCACGAUUUCGAUGGACGUCGAGACAGUUUAGCUAUGCAGCUCUGUGGACCACACUAUGACUCUCAACACGUCUUUGGAUUUCUAGCUCUGAGCAAUGGCACCUUUAGAGCCAUCCAGUCUGCUUUUGAAUCCUGGUCCAAUGCCGAGUGCCUUGACUUCGAACACGUCACGAAUUUCACGGCUAGUGUCCACUUUACAUCUCCUAUGCUGUCUUCCAUCAAGCGUGGAAAUUCGACCACAAGCAGAAUGAAAGGCUCUGGUUCACCCCUGCCUGCUAUGUCAUCUACGCAACAGGAGAGGAAUCUACUAUCUUCUAGGGCGGAGUGCAGAACAGAGAAGGUCCAAGAUGGUGAUAGCUGCGCCGCAAUCGCCUCGAGGUGUGGUAUCUCCGGGGCUGACUUCACCAAAUACAACUCUGCGAAAGGCUUCUGCUCGACGUUAAAGCCUGGUCAGCACGUUUGCUGCUCCUCUGGUACACUUCCCGACUUUAGCCCAAAGCCUAACAAAGACGGAUCAUGUGCCACAACCACUGUUGGCGAUGGCGAAAGUUGUUCAACGAUUGGUGCAGCUAAUGGUCUUACGGAGAAAGACAUCGAUGAUUUCAAUCAAAAGACUUGGGGAUGGACUGGGUGCAAGAAUAUCUUCAAAGAUUCUGUCAUCUGUGUCAGCAAAGGAUCUCCGCCCAUGCCGGCUGAGGUUUCUGAUGCCCAGUGUGGUCCCCAGGUUCCUGGCACGAAGCCUCCAAAAGGCAUGAGCAAACUUGCCGACCUCAACCCAUGCCCACUGAAUGCUUGCUGCAACAUAUUUGGUCACUGCGGAACCACAGCGGAAUUCUGCACCGAUACUAACACGGGCGCCCCUGGUACUGCUAAAGCCGGCACCAACGGCUGCAUCUCACACUGCGGUAUGAAGAUCGUGAAAGGAAAUGCCCCCAGCAAGUUCCGCAGCAUCGGAUACUACGAAGGUUAUCAGUUCAAACGUGAUUGCUUGUAUCAAGAUGCGACGCAAAUUGAUCAUUCAAAAUAUACUCACUUACAUUUUGGUUUUGCCGAUAUCUCCUCCGACUACGAGAUCAGUAUUAACGACAAAUCGACCAACUAUCAGUUCUUUAACUUCAAGCAUAUCUCUGGUCCUAAGAGGAUUGUCAGCUUCGGUGGAUGGGACUUCUCUACCCAAGCAUCCACAUACCAGAUUUUGCGCCAAGGAACCAGCGCGGCUAAUCGCAAGAAGCUUGCGACUAACAUUGCGAAUUUCGUGAACGAUAACAACCUUGACGGUGUCGACAUUGACUGGGAAUACCCAAGUGCCCCUGAUAUUCCUGGAACCCCGCCUGGUGACAAGAAUGAAGGAGCCAACUAUCUCGCUUUCCUUGUGAUUCUGAAGAAUCUUCUUAAAGAUAAAUCUGUUUCGAUUGCUGCUCCUGGCUCAUACUGGUACCUCAAGGGCUUCCCUAUCGCGGAGAUCAGUAAGAUUGUUGACUAUAUUGUCUUCAUGACUUAUGAUUUGCACGGGCAAUGGGAUGCGGGUAAUCCCAACGCCCAACCAGGUUGCGAUGAUGGAAGCUGUCUGCGGAGCCAUGUCAACAUGACGGAGACCCGAGAAUCCCUUUCCCUAAUCACCAAGGCUGGUGUGGACUCGGGCAAGGUAGUCGUCGGCGUCAGCAGCUACGGAAGAUCUUUCAGAAUGGCCGAUGCAGACUGCGAUGGACCGCUGUGCAAAUUCACUGGUGGCCGACUGGAUUCCAAUGCCGAUAAGGCAGAGUGCACCGAUACAGCGGGCUACAUCUCAAAUGCCGAGAUCAAUCAACUCCUUAAGCACAACUCAUCCCGCGUCAAUAAACAUUACGUUGACGCCCACAGCAACAGCAACAUCAUGGUCUACGAUGACACAAAUUGGGUGGCCUACAUGAGCCCCGAAAUCAGGGCUCAGCGAGCCAAGAUGUACGAAUCCCUUGGUAUGGGCGGCACAGUCAACUGGGCCACCGAUUUAGAAAAAUUCAACGAUGCACCCGAGGGAUUCGAUGGUUGGCCUGGUAUAAUACUUGAAGCGAGGUCUGGCGUCAUCACGCCCCGAGGCACUGGUAGUCGCAGGGGCAACUGGACUAAGAUCGGCUGUGACGACGAGUACUACAGGGAGAUUCCCUAUUGGUCCCCCAUGACGCGCUGGGAAAAGCUUGGCGCCGCCGAUGCCUGGAGUGAUAUAAUUGCGGAUUGGAAGGACUACCGAGACAAGUCUAAAAAAGGCAAAGAAAUCAGUGAUCAGUUCUCGUCACAAAUUUUGUACUUCCUUGGCAACUCCGACGGGGCAAAAUGUCAUUCUAUUCAAGAAGACUCCAAUUGCGUGCAGACUCGAAGCUGCUCGGAAUUCGAGGUUGAGACAAAUGACAAGACAGGUGCUGCCGCGGUGCUCAUCUGGAACUCUAUUGUCGCGAUUCAUCAGAUGUAUGCCGAAUUCAAGAGCGCGCUUGUGGCUAACGCCGCACUUGUCAUUGACAACACUCUCCCUGAUUUGGAGAACACAUUUGCGCCUGUUCCUCCAAAGAACGACGAUUCGUGGUUAAACACCAUACUAGGUCUGAUUGCCUUGGGUGUGCCAACAGUUGGCGGGAAAUUCUUCGACGAUGUGCUGGCGGGAAUACCUGCGAUGGCCGCUAAGACCGACGCCUCGAGAGAUCACCACAAGUCGACCUUGAACGCCAUCCUUACCAGUCCUGUCACGAUUGCAACGAAUCUGAAGGGCGAUCCGGACGUAGAUGACUGGACACCUGAAAAGCAAGCCGAGUUCUCUAAGUACAUGGGUCAGAGUCUCAAAGCUUGGGCGUACAUUUUUGAAAGGGAUCUGGCAGACCUGUUUGAUGGCUCUGACAAGGCCAUUGAAAGACUCACCACCAUGAUAGCGGACGGACGCCUUCUCGACGGCAUUGCGGAAGACAUCCCCUAUCCAGAUAUGACAAAGCGCUCGGAUAAGGAGAUCGAAGCAACAGAUGCUCAGAAGAAGUCGGUGGAAGAUGGUUUCCUAACUACCUUUUGGGCAUACUCCAUUCCCGCCGUUUGGCAGGCCUCGGGUCAUCAUCCUUUCAUCAUUGACACAGGUCGAAGCUGCGAUGAUAAGGAUGGCGACAAGUACACCAAGGACUUGAAGUCUGCGUGUUAUGAAAAUAGGCUGUACCAAUUGGCGGAUCCUGAUGGUGAAUCGCACCCUUGCCCCAAGAAUUGCGGAAUUCCGGGAGGCUGCAAAUGCCCCGAUAGUGCAUUUUCCUCGCCCAAAGGCGUCAAAGAGCUCGAUGGCAAGGCCUGGAAUGGACUCAAGGUCGAGGAUAUCAUUAUUGGAUCUGUUAAAACGUACAAGCAGAACGGCAAUGAGAACGGCGGAGACAAGGCGAAUCCAAAAGACUCCGGCACAUUUGACGCCCUCAAGAAGAUGGAAAUCACGACUCCUGGAUUCAUGCGCCUCCCCGUGUGUAGUGAGGCUCUAGCCCGCAAAUCAUGGGAACACGCCGACCAGACAGAUGGCACAAGGAAAAGGGGAGGCUUCCCAUGCAAUAACGACAACGGCUUGUCGUACUGCACCACAUCGAAAACAACCUACAUCGAAGAAACUACGAGUGGAUCGCCACUUAUCGACGAUUGUCUUCAAAUUGUCAAGAACAUCGAAGGAACCAAUGGAAGAUGGAUCAAGCCGAUCGAGAGGCAGUUCGGAAUUCUCAAUUUUGGGACAUGUACUUUCGGUAUUGAGGGCAAAGGUCGUAAAGGUAAUGUUGACGAAUAUGUCGGGGCACAGGACGUCGUUGAUAUCAUCCGACACACUUCGAAGCACUGGGGCCACGGAACCGGUAAAAUGCAGGGCAAGGGAGUCAUGCAGUGCAAGGGUAACAUCAAGCAGCAGGAGGUGCACUGGGCUAUAUACAAGAAAUAG